CGAGCCCGCCAGCCGCUUGGAUGAUUUGAUUUCUUCCCUGCCCGAAAUUACUCCUGCCCAGAUGCUGUGGAUAAUAUUCAUGUUGCUGUUAUUCAUCAGCUCCGUGGAAAUGCUCACGCAGAACCGAUGGAAGAAGCAAGUGAGCGCUGGCCUGCUGGAGAACUGCACGGGCUGCGUCCUGUGCUCGGAGGACAACGGCUGCAUCACUUGCCACCACCGGCUCUUCCUGCUCAUCUGGAGGGACGGCAUCCGCCAGUACGGGAUGUGUGUCCACACCUGCCCCCCCGGCUACUUCGGCGUGCGGGGGCUGGAGGUCAACAGAUGCACAAAGUGCAGGUCGCCCAGCUGCGAGAGCUGCUUCAGCAGAGACUUCUGCAUGAAGUGCAAAGACAAGUUUUACUUGCACAAGGGCCAGUGCUUUCGGCAGUGCCCCCCCAGCACCGCAGCGCAGCCUGGCACCCGUGAGUGCCAAGAGAUGUGCGAGCCAGGGCCGUGGAGUGAGUGGAGCACCUGCACCCACGAGGGCCGCACCUGUGGCUGCAAGUGGGGUUUGGAGACGCGGGUCCGGGAGGUGGCAGGGGCUGCCAAGGAGGAGGGGGCCGUCUGCCCCGCGCUGCUGGAGACGAGGAGGUGCCGCAUGAGGAAGCACUGCCCGGGAGACAAAACCGAGCCCAAAAAUAAAGGCAAAAAACGACAGAAGAAGACGAAGACAGAACCACAAGCGGGUACCUAGCAGCACUGGC